UUUUUUUUUUUCUUCACACAAAAAAGUUAAUAUAUAAUAAUAAUAUUUUUUUAAAAAAAAUUUUUUUAAAAAAAGUUAAUAAAUUGAAAAAUGACUCAGAAAAUUGGUAUUCACGUUUCUGGAGCUGAUGGAAUGUUAGGCGACUCUAUUGUAAAAGGGUUAUUGGAAAUGCCAAAACUUUAUCCUAUAUUACAAAAUUCAAAUUUUCAAGUUUACGCAGGAGUUCAUCACGAGACAGAACAACCUUCAACAAACGCUUUGGUUGUAAAAGUUGAUCCAGUUAAUAAUCCUGACUCUGCCAUACAUGCUCUAAAGCAAGUGUCAAAAUUAUUUUUAUUAAUCGAUCCAUUAUCUGGUGAAAUCAGGCAGAAAGAUGCUCUUGCUUUUGCAAAAGGAUAUAUAAAUGCAGCUAAGCAAGCAAACAUUGAACACAUCGUGUUUCCAACACCAUUCUCAAAAUAUGAAGCACCUUAUUCACCUCCAUUAACUCCUGUUGAUGAUGAUAAUGAAGAACGUACAAAUAUGCGAUCUUAUCGAGAACAAUUUGAAGCUAUUGAAUCAACGUUACUAGAAUCUUUUUCACGAUCAGAAAUAACAAUUCUCCGCUAUCCUGGGGUACUAAACCAACACUUACUAUAUUUUGCAAAUUAUAUUACGGAAAAAUCAAAAAUGCCUUUAAUUGACAAUUCAUACAUGACGUUCGAAUGUUGUGAUAUUAGUGAUGUUGUACGUGCAUCAUGUCGUAUAUUGGUUAGUCCCAUACAAUCACAUGGUGGUAAAGAGUACAAGAUAACUGGACCUAAUUUGUUAACAACGGACGAGAUUGCUAUUAAAGCCAGUUUAGGCCUUAAACGAGAGAUUAAAGUGGAAUUUAUGUCUAUUAAGCAGUUAAAAAACGUAUUGAUGGAAACGACAUCUGAUGAAGAAGAAGUUGCAUAUUUGUUAGAAUUAUGGGGAUUACAAGGAUAUUUAGGAACCGCUAGAAAAGUGCAGGUUACAAGAGAUUUAGAACAAAUCACCGGAAGUACUGGAAAGAGCUUGAGAGAAUUCUUUGAAAAUUCAUAUGAUGAUUUCACUUCUCCGCAAACAGGAUAAGUAGGAGGGAAAAUUAUCGAAAUAACCCAAUAAUAUUAAAAAAGAAUUGAUUUCUUUAUCAAAAAUGCUACUGGGUCAUGUUUUUGACGUGACAUCAAUGGGGACUCAAAAAAUUGCAUCAUCUGCGAAAAGAAAAAAAAAAUUCAAACCAAAAAUAAAAAUGGUUGGGAUUGGUAUAUUUUCUAUACUUCAUACAUUUAGAUUUCGAACAAUUGUAAGCUUGUUUGUAUGCGGGCUAUAUGUUGCAAAUAAAUGAUAUAUAUAUUAGUCACAUGACUUGGA